AUUCAUGUUCCGGAUUCUUCGUCUUCUCGACGAUUCCUGUUAUGAACUGGACUUAGCGGUUAAAGACGAGGUAGAAAAACUGUUGAGCUACCCCGGCGUUGAUAGAACUUUGAAAGAAAAAUUCAAGAGAUUGUUUUUAGGUUGUAAAGGGAGUACCGUUAGCAGCGAGAAUGCUAGAAAAUGUCAAGCAAAGUUGGAAUUUGCUAAGCGUGUGCAGAUCACUCAGCUUCUGACCAAAAACUACAACCCCUCUCGGAAGCCUCUUGAAGUGGAUGUAAUUGAUGUGGAUGAAGAAAAGUAUUCUAUUAAUAUUAAUCUCUCGGAAGCCCCCAAAAAACGCAGAAAAGCGAUAACUCUGUUGAGGCUGCCUGCUCCUUCUUCCAAACAACCGAAGGAAAAGUCACUGGAAGAAAUGCUGAAGGAAAGAGUUGCGCCCUCCAUAAAUGAAAUGCACAAAAAAGUUCUUUCCUGGAAUUUAUGUGAAGAUCUAAAUGAUGAUACGUCUAGCGGCUUAGAAGGACUAUCACUUGCUGGUAUUCCUAAUACGUUUGAGACUUUUCAGGAGUACAAAGAGACAUUUGAGCCUUUGCUCUUGGUUGAAGCUCGGCACGCUAUUGCCGCCGCCCUUGAAGGGAUCGAUCUUAGCAGCGAAUUAUCAAAGUAUAUUUGUUCUGUUCAGGAGGUAAAACGGGUCGGAGAUUUCCACUUCAUCUCGUGGAUCUGCGCUGAGAAGGCAUUUCGCGUGUUUGAGGAAAACGAUAUCGUUCUCUGCAUUCCCGCUAAAGAGCUCGAUAGCGCUUCUGCUCUGGAGAAACUUCCGGGCGCCUUAAGUAUGAUAUCACUAAAAAGCAGACAGGCAGGAAAGGAGUUUUUCCAGUCUCAAUUCUGCUUUCGAUCUUCUCGGCACCUUCUACGCUUUGAGAAGGAAAUCUGUAUCCAAUCGAAAUACGCACUGGUGAAGAUUACCAACUUCAAGCCCUUUUAUCGCCAAUAUCAGUCUCUUAUUGGCUUAGAGCAUUAUCCGACUCUGAAACUUAUUCUCUCUCCUACUAUUGGUAGGGCAACUUCUGCUCCAGUGAAAAUGGAUCAUCUCAUUAAGAACUUCAACGCCUCUCAGCUGAACGCAAUCCGCUCUUCUGUGAGUCACGAAGGAUUUACUCUUAUACAGGGCCCUCCUGGCACCGGAAAGACCCGAACUAUCCUGGGUAUUAUUAGUGCUUUUUUGGCCACCAAAGUUUCGCCAUCUUUUCCGAAGAAAAACACAAACUCUCGAAUACUUCUUUGCGCUCCGUCGAAUUCUGCUGUUGAUGAGUUGUUACUACGCUUGAGGUGGGGCGUCUUGACUCCGCAGGAAUCCACUCUUUAUAUUCCGGUGAUGGUCCGUGUGGGGAGUGGCGAGAAAGUUCAUCCAUUAGUGGAAGACUUGUGUUUGUCGAGUUUGAUGCGUAAAGUAGUCCACGGGAAAAAAGCCAUGGAAGAACUGAAGCAAUCACGCAAAAAAGUUUAUGAAGUUCAGGAUCGUUUACACAGUCUGAACCGGCAUAUUGACAAAAUUCAAAUGGAUAUUAAUUCUUUUUAUUCAAAAGACUCCUUGAAAGAUUCUUUUUGUAUGGCUGAAAUGGAAGAAAAAUUUCAAACACUUUUAAACAGUAAAAAAGAACUAUUAUUAGAAAGGAAGAGGCUGCACCAACAGUUAGCGGAGUACAAGAAACAUAAAGAGCUGACCCUUCGAAAACAGAAUCUCAACAUUGAAAAAACCCGAAAUGAUUUUAUUCUGGAUGCGGAUAUUGUGGCGUGCACACUUUCGGGCUCCGGAAGCAGCUUUCUUCAGCGCGUGGCGCCCCACUUCGAUUGCAUUAUUAUUGACGAAGCAGCUCAAUGUGUCGAAUUAGAGACGCUUAUCCCUUUAAAGUACUCCAGUAACAAGAUCAUUCUCGUGGGAGAUGCCAACCAGUUGCCUGCUGUCGUUACUUCACAAACUGCAAAACUUUAUAAAUAUGAGCAAAGUUUAUUUGCUAGAUUCACUCUUUAUUAUGAAGCGCAAGAAAGGAACGGUUCGGUGUUUUCUAUAGAAAAACUAAAUGUGCAAUACCGGAUGCACCCAGACAUCAGCCAGUUUCCCCGUUUUUACUUUUACAAGAAUGAGUUGGAAGACGGGGAAAAUGUAUGCUCUUCAUUAUACAAUAAAUCUUAUAAACACGAUAGAAAGUUUUCGGGAUCCGCAGUCACUUUUUUUGAUAUGGAUUCCGGAAAAGAGCAAAGAGGACACACUUCCCUUUACAAUAAAUCGGAAGUUGCUUUUUGUGUUCAGACUUUUAUGUACUUGCGUACGACUUAUCCGGAUAUUGACUUUAGUGGGAAAAUAGGACUUAUAACACCGUAUAAAUCACAAAAGGAUCAGCUGCGCUCUGCUUUUGUGCGUAAUUUCGGGCAGGAAAUUAUAGAAACUAUCGAUAUUGGAACAGUUGAUAGCUUCCAGGGCAAAGAAAAGGACAUAGUUAUUUUUUCGUGUGUCCGAGCUUCCCCUGUAGGCGGAGUUGGCUUUCUGGCGGAUCUGCGUAGAAUGAACGUCGCGUUGACUCGAGCAAAGUUUAAAUUGAUUCUUAUUGGCCGGAUUGAAUCCCUUGUUCGCAAUGUUCAUUGGAAGGCGUAUAUAGACGACUGCGCCGGAAAAAAGCAGCUCAUUCGCGUAGAUGAAUCUUAUUUUUCUAAGACUUCUUCAGCAUCAGGUAUUAAAGAAAGUUUGGGAGCCAGUGCGUUGGAGGAUAUUAACCUUAAGGAAACUACCAACAAUUAUUGUGAACAACGCCGCAGAAUUGACAAUAUUGAUUCAACUAAUAGCUAUACACCACACGGGUUUACCAACAGACUUCAUAACAGCCCGGCUAAUAGUUCCUCUGCCCCCGUUACUAGCAGUGGUACCACGUUAUUUAAUAGCGGAACUCGUCGAGAUGACUAUAUUAGCGGCAGCCCCCCUCGCAAAUACAAUUCCUAUAGUAAUAGCCCAGGUGGUGAUAGCGAACAACAUUUUCCUUCUAAGCACCACUAUAAUGUAGCUAACCGAAGCCGAAAUCAUGAAAGGGAAGACUCUAGUAAGCAUAGCCCCAAAAAUACUGAUACACGAAGAGACAUCUUUAAAGGCGGCAGCAUUAAAUCAAGUAAGCUUAAAAGAAGAAGAACUAGCUACGCCAGUCCUCACUCUUUCACGUUAAGAAAAAGAGCUAUUUUUUAUAAAGCCGAGGCGUAUAAUACACACCAUACGAAACGUGCGAAAAGACGUACUAGGGAUGGUGGGUCGGGCAAUCCGUCUAUUACCGAUCCCCCUGUCUAGACUUGGCACAUCGAGAUAUCCUUAACUUCUCUCCGCUCCGUUCCUUGGGAUUACUGACUUAGGAAAACAAAUGAGCUACUAUUUACAAGCAAAGCUGGCUUUAAUUCUCGUCUGAAUUUUACUUAUGUAUGUUGUUUACGAUCUUAUUAACGGGAGAUUUUUAAUGAAAGCUUUUGUUAGA